AUGAAGAACUUUGCGGCAACACAGUCAGUUAGGUGCGCCGGUUCGGGUUGCGAAUGCAAGGCCUUCCAGCCAAGAGUCAAUGCAGUUCGACAGUGCUCCGGAUGUUCACACUCCUGGGUUUUUCAUGCCUACUCCAAGUUCCAGAAUCUACCCCCAUUUUUCGGGAACAGUUUGAAAUCUGAUCCUGGUCUGAUUAUAGUUAUGUUUGAAACUAUGAGUAUGGCCCUACUGGGUUGCCAUGCUAUUCCAACGAGGAUUAAGAUCCUUCUUGACAGAAUUUGGUCGUCAAGUCGACUACAGGUGGACCUUACACAAUUCCUCCUCUCAUUUGGUUGGACUCUUCAAGAUUAUACCAGGGGCUAUAUGUUGACUGACCAUAAAGGACAGCUUCGUGAUAGAUGGGUAUCUUGCAGAAUUGAAGAAGAAGCUCUUAUAAUCCAACAGUUCCUCCGUUUUUUGGAGACUAGGCAUCUGGCUCAUGAUAUGCUUGCGAGUUUAGAAGCCGAAAAGUCCACUUCUACUGGAGAACAACCAGCCAAUCCACACUCAUCUGAGUACCUUCUUGGACCUCUGCCACAGAAUGUGGUCUCCCAACAAGAUGCCUCAAAGAAAGAAACAGAAGUAACAACUUCUCUUUCAAGCACAAAUUUGGCCUCAGAAUUGAGCACCCGAUUUGUUGCCGCUAUGGCUGCAGCGGCUUUGACCUCUAAAAUGAACUUCCCAAAAUUUUCCAUGAUUCCUUCUUUGUCAAUGCCAUCUCUACCUUCACCUGGAUGGUGUAGUGGAAAGCUGGAAGGAAAUGGAGAUCUUUCAGGAAUCCCCGGAUUACCACUUCCACCUCCCCCACCACUUUCUGCUUUUGGAACUGUGACAUCGACCCCAAUGGAUGUGAAUGAUCGAAAAUCAAUACCAGGACAUUUUGACAUUUGGAAUGCACCAUUUGAUAACCUCUCAGACCUUAGUAAACCUACCCUUGAUCAUAAAAAUGAGAUAGAUUAUGCUACUGAUUUCUCAGUUGUGACUUCCAUUGGGACUUCUUCCAUAACAGGCAGUGGUGGAAAGCAAUUGAAAGGGUCUCGUGCGUCAGGGAACAGGAAGUCGACUGCCUCAGAGAGUAAAAGACAGCAGCCAAACAAUUUUUCAUAUGGAGAGGAGAGAAAACAGGCCUUAAAUGGAAUAUCGACUACAUCAGCAACUUCGGGAAUAACUAUGUCUGGGCGCAAUAAGAAACGAGUUCUCUGUACAACCUGCAAGAAAUCCUUCUGCGAUAAGGGUGCAUUGAAAAUACAUUAUAGUGCUGUGCAUCUGCGGGAGAUGCAUAAGUGUACCAUCAAGGGAUGCAAUAUGUGGUUUAGUUCACGAAGAAGUCGGAACCGACACUCUGCUAAUCCAAAUCCUCGACUGCACAUGACUCACUUAGGGAAGAAAUUACCGGAUAACGCUACGAUUGUGGACGACGGUAGUGGUCUAAGUGUAUUUCAGAGAAGCCAGAUGCCAAGCACAAUUCUAAAUCCCCCAAUCAUCUCCCCAUUUAUUAAGACAACACCACCACAUCCGAGUACCUCUACAACUUCUUCAAUCCCUACAGAUCCUCCUUCUCCCUCUAGUACCCUUCUGAAUCUCUCCGAUCCCUCCCAGAACAAUGAAGUAUCCCAUCGCCGCCACCAUCAGACUGCAUCUACGGCCGGCUCAAGUGGAGACGACGAUGGAAUCGAUGAAGGAAUUUAUAUCGCUCCAAAUUCUACAAGAGGUGAGGAUAUGGAAGAAGAAGAUGAAGAGAUGACAGGACACGGGGAGGUCAUUCCCUUAAACCCAUCAUCAGUUGCCCGACAUCAAAGGUCAUCCACAACUGAGUUUUCAGCGUCAAAUCUAGCCCAGUCUUCUCCUUCUCCACCUUCUAGUCUCCACUUUGAAGGAGGUUCAUCUCCACAAUCAUCUCAAAUGAAUGUGGAUGGAGGUGUGAAAGCAAUGGUGACAUUAUCUUAA